AUGUCGGCGGACUCUGGAGUAACAGUGCACCUGGAGGAGGACAGUUCCAGACCGUGCACUGCUACUUUGACACCUGAGGGGAUUUGCAGGCAUGGCCAGGACCAGACCACGUGUCCGUACAGAUUUGAUAUUCCUCCGUUGACCGUGCAUCUGCCAAACCAGCUCAUAGAGUUGGAGGAGAUACUGAAGGACUUACAGAACCUGAAGGACAAUGUGGAUGAGCUUCGGAAAAUGUGUGUGGACUGUAACUCAAGUGGGAAGGAGUGUGGAAGUAAAGAUGACAGCGACCGGACAGAGAAUGGCCGAGGAUGUGGGACAGACCGAGUUCCCGCAGCUAGAAGAGACUGCUCUGACCAUCUGCUGAGAGGAAAAAGGAAAAGUGGGGUGUACCUAGUGACCCCUGAUCUCCGCAGCAGAAGCUUCCACGUUCUGUGCGACAUGGAUGCGGCAGGUGGAGGAUGGACCAUCCUGCAGCAGCGUCAGGACGGCAGCGUCAACUUCAACCGGACCUGGGCCGAGUACAAGUCUGGAUUUGGAGAGCUGCGUUCGGGAGAGUUUUGGUUGGGCAACAACCUGAUCCACUGGCUGACCCGCGACAGGGACAUGGUCCUGCGUGUGGAGCUGGAGGAUUUCGAAGGGGUGAAAGGUCAUGCGGAGUACCAGCAGUUCAGUGUGGCGAGUGAGCGGAUGAGAUUCAGACUGACAGUUGGCGAUUACUCAGGAACUGCAGGUGAUGCGCUUCGCUCCACUGACCGUUACAACCACAACAAUCAGGCCUUCACCACUCCAGACAGAGAUUAUGACCGCUACCUAUCAGGCAACUGCGGGGCCUACUACAGCUCUGGUUGGUGGUUCAAUGCCUGCAUGGCAGCAAACCUCAAUGGGAGAUAUUAUGUGGGGAAGUACAAGGGGGUGCGAGACGGGAUAUUCUGGGGGACGUGGCACAGCAUUUUAAAUGAGUUCUAUCCCACGAACGACAGACAGUCUUUUAAACGAGUGAGGAUGAUGACCCGACCGAAAGACUUCGCCAUGUAAAUGGACUCUACAUUA